AUGUGCGAAAUAACCUCAAAUAACAACCCUACUAACAUCUUUAACAACCUCUGCUCCGGCCUUCAGACAUUCCUCGGCUUCAACUCUGCUUCCAAGGGCUACGACGGCAGUGGCAUUGUGUACUCUGACCUGGAUAGGCUGUGUGACGGGGUGAUGGGAUUUUUGAGUGGUGUGCUUGAGGGGGUGAAAAACGAAAAUGAAGUGACAACUUAUGAUAAAAAUACAGAUAAUAACAUUAAUACAGUUAUUACAAAAUUAGAAGAUAAAAUUGGCUCCGGGCGUACUGGGCUUUUGGAGGCUGUCGCGGAGGUGAAGGCGUGGUUGGAGGGGUAUGAGAGGGAGGUGGAAAGAAAGAAUUCUGAAAUAAAAACAUCAAUGAAUAAAAUAUCGACUGAAAUCGGAAGCUUAAUAACAAAAAUUGAACCUAUGAAAAAUUCGGAAUACAGUGCUUAUUCUCAAGGCGUCCUUAAGGAUUGGCUUGAUGAUGUAAAAGAGCUCCCGACGUAUUGUAGCAUAACGGCAUUGAAUGUUCGUAGACUUGAUGAUUACGUGGAGAAACAAUUAAUGCCAUCUGUGGAACUGGUUUCGCAGGCUGCUAAGAAUCUUAGGGACUCGACAAUUGAGGACCUCAAGGGGCUUGCGGAGGCAGUAAGCAAGGUAGACAGGGAAUUCUUCGAUCUAGAUGAAAUGGUUAACGAAGGAUUGAGUGAUAAAUCAUAUGGUUUAAAAGGUAAGUUGGAGAUGGAAAAACAUGCUGUGCUCGUAACGAUCAGCACAGGAUUUACCAAUCUACAGAAAAAGUUGGAAGAUGAGUUCAGCAGAAUUGGCAAAAAAAUGCAAACCGUUAUGGACAAUAAGACAAGGUGUUUCAAAGAUAUUAAUGAUCUUUUAAUAAGUGAUACGGGACUGUUGAGUAGGUUCGAUGAAAAUUAUAAAAAUCAUAUCCUACGGAAGUUGGAAUUUCUAAGAGAAGAAGCAAACAAAUUUUGUGAUGCGCUGCAGCGGAAUAAAAAGGAACUAAGUCUUCUUCUCAAACGGGCUCAGGGGAGCUUCAGAGAGUUGAAAAAUAAGGUAAUUGACGGAUCUACGAGAAAAGGGAUAGUUAGCGAUUGGAACUGUCUUUUUCGAGAACUGAAUGGGCUUGUCAGUGGUCUCAACGGCAGUGAUGGAAACCUAAAAGAGAUUGCGAAGAAAGCAGAGGCGUAUGUCGCCCAAUUUAAAAAACUAGAUGAUGGUGAUAGUGGGUUGAAAAAAAUUGUGGAGGACUGGUUUAAUUCUGUUUUGAAAAGCGAGGCUGUGACUCAGUAUAUUGACGCUUACGUUCAUACUAACAAGAAAAAUUAUUUUAAGCAGCAGGACCAAGAGGAAUUAAAAUCCAAGGUUGCGGAACAUAUUAGCAAAGUUAUUAACCCUAAACUUAACGCAGUUGUUAAAACAGUGCCAGCAGUCGACGCAUCGAAAGGCGACAAUGUUUCGACGUGUUUGACUAAAAUUAGGAAAUGUCUGCUAUCUUUGACCGAACAACUGACAGGUAGUACUCAAAACAAAGAUUUAAAAACGGCUACCAUAGUGCCGGAGAUUAUUUCAUCUAUUUCGAGGGAAGGUAACCUAACGCAAACAGGUCGUGGUACAGACCAUGACAAAAGCGCUCUUCACUAUACCGUCAAGCACAUAUUUGGAGGCCUUGCCGCUAAGGCGAAGACAGCUGCCACCGAACUUGUAUGGAUGGUCGAUGACACAAAGAUUGGUCAGUCAAAAAAGUCAAGCAUAGCAACAGAGAUAGACGGUGCUACAAAACUUGUCGAAGAAUUCAUCACGAAAUUUAAUGGCAGUGAAAGUGCCGCGAAGAAAAUUGAUGAUGCAUUGGAUACUGUAAAACGAAGCGUCAUCGCGCUAGAUCCAAUAUUAGCAGAGAGACAGACAAUGGACCAAAAAAUCGUUGAAAUUGACGGAGAGCUUGAUAACCUUACCAACUUUUCGAAAGACAACGGCACCAUUGCAAUAAUUAAAACGCAGACGGACAAUAUCAUGACAACCUUAAGAGACACUAUAGAUGAAAUCACUUUAACAGUGGCUAACGGCAAUGAAACUUUGACGACGGAAAUUGCAGCAUCGCAAAAUACAUUCUACGAGGUAUACGACAUCUCACAGAAAGCCGUCUCAAAACUGCAGCAAUCUCUUACCCAAACAGUUGUCGAUACAUUUCGACGCGUCGAAGCAGCCGUUGACACAUUCCAUAACACGUACGUUACAUCUUCAAAUCGUGCACUGCGGGAAAUCAGAAAAGAGUCCCUGAAACAAUUCGUGCUGUCCAAGGAGCCUACUCUUAGAAAUUUUAAAACCCUAGUCACCAUUCAGCUAUCGAAAAUUGACGCUAUAAUUCACGACAACAAGAACAGCGGCCUCAAAGGCCUAAUGACUAAGCUAUACGGCGGCGGGCAUACCGGUCAAGGCCCGCAGCGUAAUAUGCUUGUUGACGUAAUGAGCGCUAUAAGCCAAGAUGCCUCAGUAAAUUGCGCCAACUUGUCACUAAACCUCCGAGAAUAUGUGCAAUCAAUUUUCUAUUACAUCACCUCCCAAACCACCCCCUCCUCCCAACUGGUCACCGACCUCCAAGCCCGCACUUACGCCCUCCUCACCCACCUCCACGAGAACAAUCGCACCUUCACCUUUGACUCCGGUUUCCGCUCCCGCCUCCACGGCCUGACCUCCGCCCUGUCCACGUUCAACCCCGCUCUCUUCGCGAACCCGCACCACCCGCAACUCCUGGAUGCGCUGAAGGCAGGGAUGCACGGGCUGGUAGCGGAGAUGGAAAAGGCGUAUGUUAAUAGGUAUUGUGGUAGUAAGGGAAUCAGUUGGGAGGAGACAAAGCAGCAAAAAACAGAACCAACCGCCGACGCUACGCGCUGCGCUAAAGUUUUUAUGACCUGCCUGCCGAUGUUGCUUAACGACCUUAGCAAGGUGAAGGAAAAAUGUCAGCAGGGAGAGGGGUGGUAUAAACUUAAAAUAAAUUCGCAUCCUAAAAACAAUCUCGGGCCUUUCCUGAAGUCAUGUGGCUACAGUGUUGCGAGCGAUGUUCCGUUGCAAGAUGGCGAGCUGCAGAAUUCGUCCAAGAUGAAGGGAGAGCACAUCCAUACAAUCCUCGCCAAAAUCAUAAACAUCUCGGAGCAUGAACACGUCCCGCAAUGCAGGUCUCCAAAGAAGAAACAUAACUUUAAUAUCAUGGACUUCAUUGGGUGUCUCAACGAUCAUCUUCAUGAGUAUUACGGUGUCAACCACUACGCCACUUUCACCGCAUCGAAGCAUCCGUCUACCAUCUCCGAUAUGCUCCAGUGGCUAAGCGGCCUUCCGUUUAAUGCUGUCUACUCCGAUCUCGCGCUCAACGGUUUUGAAGCUUUGUUUGAAGAGCCGAAGGAAACAGACGCCAAAAGUAUUGACGGCGGUAUACCUGUGGAUGUAGAGAAGGAACGAUCUUUGGAUGCGUAUCCUACACCUAUAAAUGUUAAUUUGCUAUCGACUUCCCUUCGCGAUGUCUGCCACCACGCGGAGGAAACGCUCAUCUCGUUCCUGGGCCACGGACACUCGGGUGGCAUCUACGCGUGUGAGUUCAACACCAACUCGGCAAAAUUAACGUACCCAAGUGACCCAUCCAAAUGUCUCGAUUUACUGUUCGAGGUGAUCAGCAGGGUAUAUAAUCAGCUGUUUUUCCUCUUCAAACAGUGCUCGUACACCACCAAGCUGGGCGGCUGGUACGAUUGCUGGUAUGGUCAGGGAGUCGGAGGCUCCGCUUGGAACUGCAAUACCCUGCAGUGUCCUGGGCAAAGUGCUGAGCAAAAGGCUGACCAAGAGCACAACCAAAAGUGCAACCAAAGGUGUGACCAAACAGCUGAGUGCGGUGUCAAAUCGCCACUUCAAUCGUUCCUUGAGGACGGCCUACCAGGCUUCCUCCCUCACCCGUACAGCAAGUCCAACUGCAAGCCAACCUGCACUGCGCCCGGUCACUUCGGCAAGGUAUGCAUCACGCCCAUGGGCUUCAACGACAUCAGCGGCAUGGCCUCGCGCAGGCAGCAGGGUAGGCAUAUCAUGGACGUGCUCCGCGAAUUCUGUGGCAGUGAGCACGCUCCGCUCAGCCGUCUCUGUGGCCUGUUGACAUGUCUAUUGACCAGGCCGCCGCAGACGCUGGGAGAUAUGUUUGCGUUUUAUUAUAACUUCUUGAAUGGGUGGCAUUCGGGCAAUGGAGUUCGUGAAAAGCAGAGAGAGAUUGCGUAUAGCCUAGCCGUCAAAGAUGCCAACUUCGAAAAUAGCGAUAACCCGUUGGAGGUUAGCUCAAUGUUUAAAAGCAUCAGCCAUAAAUCAAAACAUGGUGACACCCAUGUUAAAGGUGAUCUGUUUAGUCUUGUAGCCUGCGAUCAAAGCAUGGCUAAAGACACAUACUGCGGCCGGUACCUGCAGCCUUGUGGUCAACAUAUAUGGACUGUCUUCUCCGAGAAACACGCCGGCAACUACUUAUCGUGGAUAGUUUAUCUAACGGAAACAUUUUAUGAUCUACUAAAAAUGUUAUAUGAUGAUUGCAAUAACAAAUGCGGUCAGGACCAUUCCAAGUGCAAUCGCACCAGCUGCGCGGUUGGGUGUCCAACCAAGUCAACGUCGGAAUCUAAAACUUCAUCGCAAAACCCAUACCACCAUUCCAAAUGCAGUACCAUUGUAACAUGCAAGUCAACGCUUCCUACUUUCUGCAGAUAUGGCUUCGUAUUUGACAGUCCUCAAUCCCUAUACGGCGAGUAUGGCGAUGAUAAGAAGCGGACGUGCAAAGAUUUCUGCAGAGCGUUGAACAGAGUACUCAGCGACGAUAAGAAAGUGAAUGACGUACUUGCUAAGUUGAAAUUCGAGACCAUUCCAACUUUCUUGUGGAACAUUCGCAGUAAAUUCUUCUGGACCACCGUCGCCCUCUGGCUCCUCUCUUUCCUCUACCUCAUCCACAUCAUGGUCAUCCGCCUAGACCUGCUCCACAUCAAAUCGCAUUUGCAUAGUCCCUCAUCACAUCGCAUAGCUGCUCAAUCACUACUCGCAGCUGGACGUGUUAACAAGCUUAACAGAGUGUUUUAUCUGCAACCAUAA